ACCCAGACUCCUUCCUGAAGUCUGCGCGUCUCCAGCGCCUGCCCUCGUCCUCAUCAGAGAUGGGCAGCCAGGACGUGUCCCCUCUCCAGGAGACCAGCAAGGACCCUUUCUCUGGAGACUGCAGCUGCCGGCAGGAUGGGCUGACUGUCAUCAUCACCGCCUGCCUGACCUUCGCCACGGGGGUCACGGUGGCUCUGAUCAUGCAGAUCUAUUUUGGGGACCCUCAGAUCUUCCACCGUGGUGCCGUGGUCACAGACGCUGCCCACUGCACGGCCCUGGGCAUAGAGGUGCUCAACAAGCAGGGCUCCUCAGUAGACGCGGCCAUCGCCUCAGCCCUCUGUGCGGGAAUUGUCAACCCCCACAUGUCAGGGAUUGGCGGGGGUGGGGUGAUGCUGGUCCACGACAUCCGGAAGAACAGGAGCUGGGUGGUUGACUUCCGUGAAGUGGCUCCUCUGGGCAUCCCACUGGAGGUGGACCUGCAGGACACCAAGCCAGGUCUGCUCGUGGGGGUGCCAGGCAUGAUACAAGGGAUGCACCAGGCACACCAGUUACACGGGAGACUCCCGUGGUCCGAGCUGCUGGGCCUCACAGCUGGUGUUGCCCGGGAGGGGUUUAAUGUCACACACGAUUUGGCCAAAGCUGUAAGCGAACUGAAGGACCUGAACUACUCCGACAAAUUUCGGGAGCUUUUCCUGCCAGACGGGCAGCCCUUGCUGCCUGGCAUGUUCGUCCGGCGCUUGGACCUCGCAGCCAUCCUGGAGCUGGUUGGGGCAGAAGGGGUGUCAGCUUUCUACAGCGGAAACUUGACCCAGGAGAUAAUCUCUGAGGUCCACAGCUACGGAGGAGUCUUGGUGGAGGAAGACUUCAGCAAUUACAGUGCCACAGUGGAGAAUCCCGUCCACACCAUCUAUCGGGGUCAUCUGGUUUUCAGUCCCCCACCUCCCCAUGCAGGUCCUGCACUGAUCACAGCAUUGAACAUCCUUGAGGGCUUUAACAUCACAAGUCAAAUACCCAGGGGGAAUAUCUUGCACUGGAUGGCAGAGACAUUAAAAAUAGCCCUGAGUCUAGCUAGCAACCUGGGAGACCCAUCUGAGGAUGAGUCCGUCACUCACGCUGCAGAAGGCAUGGUGAGUAAAUCAAAAGCUAAUUCCCUGCGCCAGCUGAUUAACGACUCCCAGUCUUUCUCGUCUGAUCUCCAUAUGCCUCACUUCUCCAUGGAGAGUGGACCUGCUGCUAGCCAGGUCCUUGUCAUGGGACCCGAUGACUUCAUUGUUGCAGUUGUAAGUUCUUUGAAUCGUCCCUUUGGCAGUGGAAUUAUAACACCCUCUGGAGUCCUCCUGAAUAGCCAGAUGUUGGAUUUCUCCUGGCAAAAUAAAACAACGAACCACUCAAUUCCCAGGCCGCAAAAUCUCCUUCAGCCUGGGAAACGGCCCCUGUCUUUCCUGUUGCCCACCAUCGUGAGACCGUCCGAGGGGAUGUGCGGGACGUACCUGUCCCUGGGAGCUAACAACGGGGACAAAGCCCUGAGCAGCAUCGUUCAGGUUUUGGUAAAUGUUUUAACAUUUAACAAGAAUCUGAGUGAAAGUUUGUCACUUGGUCGACUUCACCCACAGCUUCAGUCCAAUACCUUGCAGGUUGACAGUGAGUUUCCUGAAGAAGAUAUUGAAUUCCUGGUAGCCAGUGGCCAUCAAGUGGAUAAAGUCAAAGUGGUCUCCUUAGUUCAUGGGGCCAGGAGAACCAACAGUUUCAUCAUUGGCCUGAAGGACCCCAGGAGCAUGGAUGCUGAUGGAGCCACAAUAUUGUAG